CUGGCCCUGCUCCUGAGCAACUUGGUGCCAGGGGGUGGUCUGUCCCUGGAGAGCCUGCUGACCAACAUGAGGUGCAAAUGCAUCAAAUCAACCACCCAGAUCAUCAACUUGGGGCUGAUCCUUGCUAUCGACGUUACGCCACCAGGUAUUCACUGUAGGAGGAAGGAGAUCAUCCUCACCCUGAAGAAAAACAGGAAGGUGUGUGUGACCCCCGAGGCGCCCUGGAUCCAGAUGCUCAUCCACAAGCUGAUGCAGAGGAGCACUACCAAAAAAGAAGCGGCAGCGCGGCCGCGGCGGGAAGCGGAGCGGGACACACAGGUCUCACGGGGACCCCAGUCUCUUGGCCACAUGGACCAAGGUGACACAGGUGUGACCUAA